UCAGUUUCUCUGCGCAAUGACAGCUCCCCGCGUGACAAUAUUAUAUGUGCCAAAAAUUCGUUUCUUUUUCUUGCCGCGAUCAGCUCUGAAGUUUCUAUUUGGACCUCCUCAAUUUCAUUGUAUUACCUUAAUUAACGCAUCCACAUAGAUUAGCAUGCAAAUUAUAAGCUUCGAGCCUCAAGAAUCCAAAUACAGGAAUCGAAUCAGCAAUGAAAUGAUAACUUCAAUUUCGCUUUCAAGCCGUACAAUUCCAACAAAAGCGUUCUUAGUCGACGAACAAAGUGUUCUCUCUGCCCAUUUUUAGGAGGAUAGAGUACAAGAAGUAUACACGGAGCGAGAAGCGAUGUUGUUUGAAUUGAGAGAUGGGUCUUCUGGUUCUUGCUCCCAAGAAGAGCUGGUUGUCGUGAACGUGGGUCUUGCUGUAGUUGAUGGAGUAAUCGCUGUACUUGCAAUCUAUCAGCUAAUAAGGAUUCAUUCAAGAAAUUCACUUGUUGGCUGGACUCGCCAAAAAGUGUUUCACUUACUGAUUGGCUCAUCAAAAAUAGGCUGCUUUGUUUACUUUGUCUUAACUCUUGUUACCACCUGCGAAGGGUGGUUAUGCUGGUCAUAUUCUUGUGGUUUUAUCCUCAUGGCCUUCCCCAAAAUUCUGCUAUUCACAGCAUUUCUUCUACUUUUAUCAUUCUGGGUGGAUCUUUGUCAUAUACCAGAUGAUGAAGAGGAAGAGGAUGAUGAAUUUAGGAUUCAUGAAGGUUUGUUGGAAAAUUCAUUAACUGGACCAAGCUCAUCUUCUGCAGAUAGACGCAGAAUAUGUUUUCCUUUCCGUUUAAUACAUGUUGGAAUCCAUCAAAAAAUUGUCAUUUUGGUUUCAAUUUUAAUAUUUCUUAUAAUGAUGACAUCUGCUGCGCUAAUCUGGAUUGGGAUGGAAUAUAAUCCUAUUGAUUCGUCACUUGUGGCCAAGGUGUAUAUAGAUCUUUUUGCUCUAGCAGUACUAUUAUUAGGAGGAGCAUUAGGAUGUUACGGACUUGUGUUAUGCUUGAAGAUGAGGAAAGUUAGAUCUGAGAGAGCAUCAUCAGAAAUGUGGAAGGUAGCUGGCCUGGCGCUUUUAUCUGUUGUAUGUUUCACUCCAAGUACUUUUGUUGCUGUUCUAACUGAUAUUCCAGUGCUUCAUCACUGGCAUGGGCUGUACAUAAACGGUCUUUAUACUUCUCUCUUACUAAUGUUAUAUUACUUUAUAGGUUCUUCGGUACCCUCAGCAUUUUUAUUAUGGGUCAUGAGAGAAUUACCACCCUCAGCAGUAGCAAACAUACAAGGACCUAGAACGAUCACCUUCAUCAGUGAUAAUUCAGCUCCAGCAGCUCAUCAUUAGCAUUAGACUACUGCAACAAGCUUGCAGAAUGAGAUUUCAAGACCAACCCCCUUUUUUUUCUUCGUGCACAAAGGACUAAAGCUCUCCUUGUGAAACUUGUGAAGAGGGUGGAGAAUUACGACGAGUUCAAAAGGAGCUGAUAAAUCUUACCAACGCAACGAUAUAGCAGGUAACGCCUUAUGAUUGCAACAUUUUCACCAUGCAAAUGGAAACAAAAUUCUGAAUGAAGAGACUUUUCGGCCUCCGUAUGCUUCUCUUGAAUUCUCUUUCAUAACACCUUAACGUGGUUGUCUUGCAUAUAUGGCAUCAUCAGUCGGUUUCUUUUUUUGUGGUUACGUCUUCCUUUUCACCGAAGGUGAUUGUUUGUGCCAGACCAGACCAGUUUAGAGAUUUGAUGAGUUAUUAGGAUGUGGUCACAUAGCACACAACGAAGGUGUGGAUUUUCUGAGUUUCUUGUCACAAAGUGUAGUUGAAACUAUAGUGGUCAUGUACAAAAGCUUCUGUCCUUGCCAAUUCAAAAUGGUACAAAACCUUACCCCUGAAGUCCAGCUGCCCUCAAUAAC